GCGAAAACUAGUGAGGGGACCCAAUGGUAUAGGAACUUGCACUCUGACCAGAGGACGAAGCCAAUGGAGUAAAAACUUCACCCUCGAGUUGGCACAAGAAGCCAAUGGGAUGAAAAGAUUCCGCAAACCACCGUGGCGGCGGAGCCAGUGGAGUGCCGGGCCCAGGAACGCUACCCAAUGGGACGACGGAGUUCGCUUCCGGCCUCGGCCGGAGCCAAUGGCAGUGGCUCGCCGGCUCCCCGCUGCCCCACCUCAGCAGGCUGCGGAGCUCGAGUGCUGACCCAGGUCCGAGGAGCUGCAGGUGUGACUGAUGGGAAUGAAGUGGCCAAGGCCCAGCAGGCAGCUCCUGGGGGAGCAGCCCCAACCAUCUUCUCCCGGAUCCUGGAUCGAAGCCUCCCAGCUGACAUCCUAUAUGAGGACCAGCAGUGUCUCGUAUUCCGGGAUGUGGCCCCUCAGGCUCCUGUGCACUUUCUGGUCAUUCCUAAGAAGCCCAUUCCUCGGAUCAGCCAGGCUGAAGAGGAAGACCAACAGCUUCUUGGACACCUUCUCCUUGUGGCCAAGAAAACAGCAAAGGCUGAGGGGCUGGGUGAUGGAUACCGACUUGUGAUCAACGAUGGCAAGCUGGGUGCACAGUCUGUGUAUCACCUACACAUUCACGUACUUGGGGGCCGACAGCUCCAGUGGCCUCCAGGUUGAACCUACCAAGUGACCAGGGACCCCAGACCUGGAUGUUUGGAUGGGAUGGGGGAAAACGGCACCCUGUGAAGCUAAUAAACUCGCUCU